AUGAUAGCAAGCUACGAUCAGGUCCAUGAGGAACGUGUUGGAGACAACGACUUUGUCUUCAUAACCAAUAACGGCGACAGUCAGUAUCAGGGCAAGAGUUCAACCCUCCUCCUCAGAGGAGCCUCCGAUUUUGUCUUGGAUGAGGCGGAGCGAAGCGUUCAUGAUGCUCUCUGUGCCACAUCCCGAGCGUUGGAGUCCGGGAGUGUUGUCGGAGGUGGUGGGUGCGUUGAGGCUGCUCUAUCACUCCAUCUUGAGGAGUUCGCUACCUCCCAUCGUGGAAGGGAACAGGUGGCCAUUCUAGCUUUCGCUGAGGCAUUGAUGAUUAUCCCCAAGACCUUGGCCCUCAACGCCGCCCUUCCUGAUGUACCCGCCCUUGUCGCUGAACUACGUGUUGCUCAUACUCGUGGUAACGCGACGGCCGGUCUCGAUCUCAGUAAAGGAGAGGUCACUUUUUCCUCAGGGAAAUCUCGACCCUAG